AUGGAGAUGACGUCUUUGCCAAAAUUUGAUUGGUAUCAAAAUGAAAACCUCGUUACGAUUACAAUUUUGAAACAGGGAACUUCCGUUGUUGAUUGUACUUUCUCAUAUGACUUUGACGAUAAUAGUCUUAUUGUUAAAUACAAGGAUGAAAUAAUCUUUGAAUCUAAAUUGUAUGACAAAAUAGAUUUUUCCAAAACAACUUUGAAAUGUACAAGAAGCAGAAUUGAAGUAAAAUUGGUAAAAUUAAAUGGUACACAUUGGUCGUCAUUAUCUCCAUUACCUGGUCCAGCUCCUAUAGUAUUCAAGGCAGCCAAGGAAAAACCAGUUGAAGUUAAACCUAAAAAAGAAAGGAAUUGGGAUGCUAUUGAAAAGGAAGUAAUAGCAGAAGAGGAGAAUGAUAGCAAAGAUGACAUUAAUCGCUUAUUCCAAAAAAUUUAUGAAAGUAGCAAUGAUGAUACAAAAAAAGCGAUGAUAAAAUCUUUCUCUGAGUCUAAUGGAACUGUUUUGAGUACUAAUUGGGAUGAAGUUAAAAAGGGAAAAGUUGAAACAAAACCACCAGAUGAUAUGGAGUUUGUUAAAUACCCUACAUAA